UAUCCAUCCCCAAAAUACCCUCUGACACCAGAAAUCACAGAUCACUCUCAAUACAGCAUCCACCAACUCCCAUACAGCAUGUCUCUCAAACCCAUCACCCUCUGGAGCCACACCUACGGCCCCAAUCCCUGGAAAGUGGCCAUGGUACUCGAAGAGCUCGAGCUCCCCUACAAAACAACAUACGUAGCUUCUGGAGACUUCAAAAAAGAACCUUUGACCCUCGUCAACCCCAACGGCCGCGUCCCCGCCAUCGAGGACCCUAACACGGGAAUCACACUGUGGGAGUCCGGCGCCAUCAUCGAAUAUCUGACCGAAACAUACGACAAAGACAACAAGAUCAGUUUCCCGGCUGGUACCCCCGAGUUCUUCGAAACGAAACAAUGGCUACACUUCCAGAUGAGUGGGCAGGGCCCGUACUUCGGUCAGGCUGUUUGGUUCCGACGACAACACCCUGAAGUGGUUCCUAGUGCUCAGGAGAGAUACAAAAAAGAGGUUCUUCGGGUGUCAUGGGUGCUGGACAACGUCCUAAAAGACAGGGAAUAUCUGGUCGGUGGACGGUAUAGCUACGCGGACAUCUCGUUCGUGCAGUGGUAUAAUAUCUUUGGAUUCGCUACGGACAAUGAUGUUGACCUGGAGAAGGAAUACCCGAACCUUUACGCCUGGCUGGAAAAAAUCAAGGCAAGACCGGCUAUCUCUAAGACAGCCAAUCUACAGAAGGAAGCAAUCGCAAAUGAAACGCACUGAGUGGAUUUGGAUUUGGUGUGUCAUUCAAUAUAGGAUGUCUAUCGGGAAUUCGAGAAGGGUCGAAUAUGAGGACCAUGUAUGUAAUAUGUUAAAUUUCGAGAACAAUCAGUAAUUAUUCUCGUACCUUGGAUAUCUUACAACCAAAGCAAUAGCAUAUGGAUUGCGAUGUCAG